GUCACAUUCACUACAUGCAUUUACGUUAGCAAAUUAAUCGGAAUGGGAGAGAAAAGUUCAAACGAAGAAAACGACUCCAUCAGUAGAAUCGCCGGAUAUUAAUCUGAAACAACGAAAUAGAGAUAUCCAAAACAUUAUUCGUCCAGAAACAACUUCAAAAUUUUUUCUGUUAGCAACAACAAAAAUCCAUCUCUUGCUUUCCAUCUAAUAUAUAUUGAUGCUCAUAAACCAACUACAACGUUCGCAACAACAUCUAAGGUUAAACUGCAGAUCUGAUGGCGGCGUAUCAGGAUGCUUGGCGUGUUUGUCAUCCCGAUUUCAAACGUCCUUUUUCAUCUCUAGAAGAUGCAUGCGAAAGGCUGCUACCUUACCAUGUGGUAGCAGACUAUGAAGCAGAAGAAGAUGAUAGAAUCCUUGAUUCCGACACUACAGGACUCGCAUUAUCUCGCUCUCAACAAUGGGAUCACAACAUUGCUAACAAAGUGGCCGAAUUUACUGAAACGUUUGAAAAACAAGUGUUGGCCUUCAACAUCAUUUCCAAAAAACAAGCCAUAGGGGAAUUCAGAUCAGAAGAACGACUAUUUCUUGAACAACAACUUCUUGAAGAAGAAAGGCAAGCGUUAGUUGAAGCAAGGGUGGAAUUGGAAUCAAAACAACAGGCAGGGCGACAAGCUCAAGCUGCUAGUCUGCAGACUAUGGCUCGGGCUGAGCCACAAGCUCAUGCUGAGCUGAUGACUAGGGGACCAAUAAGGGCUGGUGCUAUGGGGGAUUAUGAAGUAGUUGACCAAGAUCAAGAAGUCAACCUUGAUGAAAUGAUGAAUAUGUGGGUGAAUAAUAUGCAGAGAGAUGGAAAUGAUCCAUCUGAUGAUUUUUUAAAUGAUGAAGAAAGGGAAAAUGUGGUUACCGGUGUUGAAAGUGGUUGGCGUGGAGGAGGUGUAUUCGAUUUGAACACCAGAUAGUCUGUACUCUGUACCUCAAAAAGAAUCUGCAGUAGUUCUACAAUCUUAUUUGCACAUAACUACAAAAAUGUUUCAAAUAAAGCUGGGGUCACCUUUCGGGGCCUGCUCAUCCGUUCAGAGUAAAAAAUGUCACUUUUUGCUUCGUUCUGCUUGAAUAGGAAAAUCCAUCCUUUCAUAACUCGGGCCUAUUCUAACUGUUUUAUGGAGU